ACGUGGCUGAUGAAUCUGUGAAUGCCACCUCGAAAAUUCCGACAAAAGCUGCGAAACGACAUAAAAUUUAAUUUAAUUCGGGGUUUUUUUUUUUAAUAUGCUAUAGCUGUCCCCAGUGCGCCAAGUGCAAUUCCUUCAGCGCCUUAGGAAGCCCGUGUUCGUAGAAAUGGGUCUGUGCAAGUGCCCCAAGCGACUGGUGACCAACCAGUUUUGCUUCGAGCACCGCGUCAAUGUUUGCGAACAUUGCAUGGUGCAGUCGCAUCCGAAGUGCAUUGUGCAGUCGUAUCUGCAGUGGCUGCGGGACAGCGACUACAUAUCCAAUUGCACCCUGUGCGGCACCACAUUGGAGCAGGGCGACUGUGUGCGCCUAGUCUGCUACCACGUUUUCCACUGGGACUGCCUGAAUGCCCGCCAGGCCGCCCUGCCUGCCAACACAGCGCCGCGGGGUCACCAGUGCCCCGCCUGCAGCGUGGAGAUCUUCCCCAACUCCAACCUGGUCUCACCCGUGGCCGAGGCCCUGAAGAACUUUCUGGCACAGGUCAACUGGGGCCGGAAUGGCCUGGGACUGGCCCUGCUUUCCGAGGAUCAAACCAGCAGCCUGAAGGCCAUUAAGCCAAAAGUGGCCAGCCAGGCGGCCGUCAGCAACAUGACCAAAGUCCAUCACAUCCAUUCCGGAGGCGAGCGGGAGCGCACGAAGCCAAAUGGCAACGAUGCCUUGAGCCCACAUUCCGUGCUCCUGAUGGACGCAUUUAAUCCGCCCAGCGCGGGCGACUAUGCCAGCAGCCGUCGACCGUUGCUGCCACGUCAGUCGCCCAUUGGCGGUACGGAUCGGGACGAUAAUAAGUACCAGCGCCGCACGCCAGCGGAGCUCUUCUCGCGCUGGACACGCCGUUUCUAUGCGCCCUCCUCCCGGCCGCCUUGGCGACGCACCUGGUUCCUGGUGCUCGCCGGCAUCCUGGCCUUCGUCUUGUUCGUCUACCUGAUGGCCUGGCUGGGACGCGGUGGAUCCGACGUGGACGAGGGCUGGAACAACCCCAACCCGCAGCCGAACCACUACGAAUAGGGAUGAGCAUGCAUUAUCGAAACAAGCAUACGUAGCAUAUAACCGAUAUCCGAGAACCCCCCCGUUUCCCGAAAGAAUAAAACUUUUACAGCUAUUUAUAUAACCUAA